AUGUACUGGGAAACAGCGAGAUAUUCUCGCUGUGGGAUCGUUCCUCUAGCUAGAGUAGUAGAAUGGGUGGUGGCUGGUACCGUUGCAUGCUCCGGAGGGCAAUAGCUGAUGGUACGGAGCCCAUGUUGUGGCUCUGGCUCUACUGACGUCAUUCCGAAAUUGGCAGAUCUGGCGAAAAUUUUACUUAGAAAAGUCUUAUGAAGGAGUCGAGUGAGUCGAUCAUAUUUAGAGAAGGCAUGGGCGCGGGCCAACUCUAAAAGGAGGAAAACGCUCCUUGGCCGUUGUUUACGCAGCAAAACCUGACUUGACUUGCAUCAGCAAUCCAUCUUCUGAACCAUCCCAGGCUAUUCAAUAGACUCCCAACAGCUGCUGCUCGACAUUCGAAAAAGAGGAACAACGCGAAGUGUAGAAGCUUCGGAAUAAUCGUCAUCAAAAGGAAGAGACGAAAUGACUUCCUCUGUUGAGGGAAGAUUGAUCCAUCAGCACACCGCCGCCUUCCAUCAUCACCAUUACUCGUCUCCUGCUGCCCGUCCUCGUUCUCCGAUCACUGCAACCUCGUCGGAUCGUCAGUACAAUCAAACGCUUAGGGCAACAACUGCGGGUCUUCGGUACAGUUUGACACAAGGUAAAAAAGGAAUGACAGCGGCAAUGCAAAAGGCGUCUCUAUCUUCGGUGGCUCUGGCAAUGAGGCGGAAUUCAAAUGCCAGUAGCACCAAGGGCAAGCCAACGGCAGUACAAGACGACCCAGCAGUCUGCAAUGGGUCCGCUACAGCCUCUUCGUACAAGAAGUCAUCGCCAUCGAGCUCGUCGGGGAUUGCUUCCUCUCCUCCUGUGCCAGCCCCGCCUAGGCCACCGCCAAUUGUUGCCGCCGAAAUGACCAAAAUCUUUGUGUUGCUGUUGGAGCCCAAAACCAAGACAUUCGAGUUAAUUCAACUGGUGUAUCCAUCCGCUAUUACUACCAUUGGAGACAUCCUGCGGCUCAUCCCACAACAUGCUACAGAAUUGGCAUUGGGAUCUCAGAAAUACGUGGGUCUUUGUCGUCCAAAGGAUGAACAGGAAUUGUCCGAUUUGACCGUGUUGGCUUCGGCAUCUGCGGCAGCGGCCGGAACUGGCAAGAAUUUGAAGUGUGCCAAUAUUUGUGCAGGAGAAAUCCUAGUCGCCAUGCCGAAUGACUACACUGUUGCCGAAGUGGCGAGAUUCAGUCAAGCCAUCCUCACCAACAGACGCUUCACCAAGCUACUGAGACGGAACAAUCCGUUGGCACCCAGGAUGCGCAAACACAGUGAACGCAAAAAGGACCGAAAGAGAAGCAACAGCAAGCACAGGUCUCGAGAUUCGGUCCAUAUCUUGGAGAAACAUGAUGAAGAAGGCACAACCGACGAUGAUCAAAUGAUGCAAAGGGCUCUGGAAAAGGCAGCUAGUGCAGCUGCGCAGGCAAAUGCAAAUAUCCCCACUCCAGGGGCCCCCAACGGACACAACAUGCUGAGCACCAGUAGUACCUGCAGCGGUCCACGCAGCAGAACGGCUAGAGGAGGUCCUAGUGGGCGAAAAUCUCUUUCCGAACAUUUUGGACAUUCUGAUGAUGAGUCAAUGGCCCAUUCUUCUUAUGCCAGUGCUUCGUGGCUGGAUAGCGGGGCAUCCAUCUAUUCUACCAGCACCGGGGCAGACAGUCUGGGCGACAGUAUCUCAUCCUGGUCCAAGUCCCUGGAUAAAUCAUUUUCCAAAACGGGAACACGCCCUCAGUACGCACGUCAUCGCAAUUUGGGCGUUGCAAAUGGCAUUUUGGGCACUCCCGCAACUGCCUCUAGUGCUGUCGCCGCUUCUGAAGCAAACCGGCGUCGUCCCAACGAAAAGAAGGGAAGACGACUCUGGAUCUGGAUUGCUUCCACACUAGCGUUCGCGUACUUGACAGGAGUCUAUUUGAAUAAUCAACCUGAGGAUCCUUCUGAGCGCCUGGAAAUGGCCAAGAAUACUCCCAUGGGUUUGAUCGGGUUACUGCAAGUUAUCGUUGUCAUUGUGGGUCUCAAGAAGAUGCAGUUCUUGGCACUACGUCGUCAGCGAAGGAUGCAAGGGACACUCAUACCCAAACCUCCUCGGCAGUCAGCAUGCCCUUAUGUCCAACUAUGUGCCAGAUGGAAAAUGAAGUGGGGAUGAGCUCUCUCCGAAAUUUCACCAUUUCAAGGACUUUGGCGCGAACUGCACCUUCUCCCUGAAGCUGUUCCGAUCUCGUGACACACACGAAAAUAUACAUUUUGUAUACGUACUAUGCGAAACACAACACAAGACCCUUCAAGAACUUCCAUUAUUUGAGCAUACUUUAUGUUCCCAAGCUAUACUCCACACUCCACACAUCUUUCCUCCCUGGCUUCCUUCCUCAGUGGCUUCCUUCCUCCCUGACUUCCUUCCUCCCUGACUUCCCUCUUCCAGAGCAAUUGUAUGAAGCAACUUCCAAACGCAACUUACACCAUUUUCACUCAGCAAGACACAUUUUGGCUCUCAUAUUUUGAACCACCUGUUGGAUGUAUGUGUAGAAACCAUUCUGUAACAAUAAUCCACCAUGAAGUGUGUGUGUGUGAGGGUGGUCGCUUCCAGUCGAUGUUCAUCGCCUCAUUGGACUCGUAGCCAGUUCUCCUGUAUAGAUCUAGUGUCGUCAGGCAGUGCAGAAAAGGUAUCAGACACGGUACUCGUAGGUCUGUUUGACUAUAGUCGCGGGCGCUUGCACUGCUCGGUGGGGCCUCCGUAAGGACGAUGUUGUUAGGAUGUGGCCGUAUGUUUGCCGCACGGCCAUACACAGCAAAAUGACGACGUCCACUCUGUGCAAAGUGACCUUGACAUGGGAUGUCAGGAUUUACAACGAUGAAAAUGCUGAAAUCGCGGGAGGAGAAGCAGACCCUCUAGCGAGAUGGGAGGAGAAGCACACACGCGAAGCAGCUUCUUUCAAAUCGAUCCUUUGCCAGAUCGUUACCAACCUUGCACAACAACGACAUGAAGCCUUCACACUGCAUUCCCACAACCAGGUCAACCUCUCCGACCCGCACUCAGAAGGAACAAGGCCAACAGCAGCCUAGAUCCUGCUACGAUACCAUUGACAGUUGCCUGCCUUAGGCCUGUCUGGUUUCAGAUAGACGACGCAACCUAAAAUCAUGAGAAACCAACGAACCUGUAACUCUUUAUAUGCAUACCGGUAGCCAUCCAGUCCCAUUCAGGCCGCCCACCGGGCGUUUCUACUAGUAUCUGGAAAAUGGAAACCUGGUCAGGAUCUACACACGAUCUGAGGAGGCCAGGAAAGUGUGGCAAAAGCUGAAUUUGGCGAGGGAGGAGGGGAAUUCAACACUUUGUAACUGUUGAAACCGGAAAAAGUGUUGAAUUUUGAUUCAACAACUGUUGAAAAAACUGUUGAAUCAGAUUCAACAGUUGUUGAAUUACUGUUGAAUAAAGUGUUGAGAUAUGCACCAUUAUAACUAGCAAACUGUUGAAUUGCUGUUGAACCAAGUGUUGAAUAUAUUCAACACUGUGUUGAAUAAUAUUCAACACUUUUUUCAACACUUUUGAAAUUCAACACUGUUGAAAAGUGGAAUCCGGCUGGAAAUUCAACAGUUUUCAUUGCCAAUUCAACUUUUGCCACACUUUCC